AUGGUGGAGUUCGGCAAAGAUUUGAAAAUCGAUGCGGCAUGGCUUGCCGAUAGGAUAAAUAGCACGGUGGUGGAUGCGGAUGGUCACUGGAAGACAGCUCUCCUGAACGAUAUCCUUGCGAAAGCAGCCAAACCCUGUGUGCCGGAGGAGAGCACGAAAAAGACCGUCUUCACGAAUAAUCUGCGCACCACGAUGAUUUAUAGUGCCCUGUUGCAAUUGAUGAAUAUUGGCCACUUGAAGCAACGUGAUUUGGAGAACCGAUUAGGUGGCGAUUUUCUUCGUGCCGUGAACGGAUCGUGCUGCGAAAAUGUUGUUGGUUAUGUACCGAUACCGACGGGAGUUGCCGGCCCAUUGCUUGUGAACAACCGAAAAUACUUCGUACCCUUAGCUACAACAGAAGGUGCACUUGUGGCCAGUACCAAUCGUGGUUGUCGUGCUUUAUUUGUAAGUUUUCUUUUUACUUUAACUCUGAGAACGGCCUUUUCGAAUUUGCUAAUCGGAGAUGGUGAUUUACUUGAGCGUUUGUUCAAUCCCUUUGAUUCAGCUGUAGUUCGGAGUACUUGA